AUGGAUCUAAGGGGUACAGGCCCUGUGGACUAUUUAGUGAAACAUGAUGAUUUUGUAAUGCUGAUUAAUGAGGCCGAAUUGGAAGAUUUCACUAAGGGAAUAGCUCAAAACAUUAUGCAAUUGCAUAGUGCAUCAGAGGCAAGCAUAAGUUAG